AUGAGCCCCCCGCCCCGCAACACGGGAAAGGCUCCCGUCACCGACGACGGAAAUUCGUCCGACAGCCCAUCUCACCCAGGCGAUGUUGAGAACGUCAACGCUGAAGUCGUUUCCUCUUAUGUCACCGAGGAAGAGGAAACACUCGGUUUGAAGGAGUAUAUUCAGUGCGAGAACCUCGUCAAACAUGACGGGGAUUCGCCAGUUCUGCGGCGAGAACGCUUUCAGGAGUCAGGCAUGUUCGAUGCCGAAUUGGUUCGUUCGAAAGACAAUCAAACACCUUCAUCGCCUCAAAUCAAAAAGAAAAAGAGGAUGAAAAAGAAGGCUUUCUUCACAGACCGCCAGCGUGAUGAUGGACCAGGCGCAGUCAUGGACUCUCCUGCAUCAGGAAAGAACCUCCAGAUUUCUCCAUCGGCGCCAUGGGGUAACAUCAAGACAGAAGCUAUGGAGAAUGACGGUACGAGCCAGCUUGAAAAGUUCGCCGUGGUCUCAGUGCCUGCAAGAUCAGGAAGAAAGUCCAAGAGCGAUACCGAAGACAUUGCGCCCAACGCAGAUAAAGAGGCUAUCCAGAAGAAUGAAGAUCCUACCAAAAUGGCCCAAAGAUUCAUGGUUGACAGGAUCAUGUCCACAUUCAUGAGUUGGAUGGACACGAAGCUGGAGGUCAAACAAGAGGAGGAUGAUGAAUCACAGCUACGGGAAGCCCUAAUGGAAGUAACCCCAGGCGGGGGUGCUAAAGAUGAUGAUCUCUUCGGGGCUAUUUCAGCGAUGCCGGCAAAUGCAUCUCGUGAUAUGCCGAGCUCAUCCAGACACGGACUCGAAAGCUUCACCUUUCACCAGCCUCCAGUUCCCAGUGCCCCCGCACCAGUUACUGGUCACAGGAAUUCGAACUCGACUCUUCCAUCGCCGCCAUCCCAAGGCUUUUCAAUAGGAGGACCGCCGCCAUUAGUAGGACCGCCAAGAGGAGGACCGCCAUUAAUAGAAGGGCCUCCGUUAUUGGGAAGACCACGAUCAUUGUGUGUGGCUUAUAGGACGAGUGUUGGUUCAAAGAUAGAUUCAGCAUCGACACCAAAAACCGGAGCAUCACAUUCGCGAUUUGGCUACACUCCUAGGGGGGAUUUCGAGGAUAAAGAAACCUCGUAUUCUAGUCGUUCAGCGGGAACCCGCUCCAUCGUCUCGGCGACGCCGCCAUCAAAGCCCGGCGCAUUGCUGGGAGCAGCCACUCCCGCAUACGGGGCAUCGGCUUCGCAACAGCCGCCGCCAAAUCAGCAAGCACACGGCGCCCGGAAAUCGCAGGCGGCCAGUCUCAAAGGCCAAUCGAAAAGGGCGAAGCGGUCCAGAAAGCAUGACAGGUCUGCAGACGGUCAAGUGCAGGACGAAGACGAAGACGAAGAGGGCGACAAGAAUCUGAUGCCCAGUGCGAAACUGUCCAAAAUCAAGGAAGACGCGAUUGAAGGCGCCAAAUUUGCGUGCCCCUUCUUCAAGCACAACCCAAGAAAGUACAAAACCCAACGACCGUGCUGCGGGCCAGGCUGGGACCACGUCCACCGUAUCAAAGAGCACAUAUAUCGCAAGCACUCUCUUCCAAAGUUCUCGUGUCCACGCUGCUCGCAGUCUUUUGGAACUCAGUUGGACCUGCAAGCGCACGCCCGGUCCCCGGAUGCCUGUGACGUACGCGAACCGGAGGUCUUGGAUGGUAUCACGCAGGAUCAGGAGAAGAAGCUUCGUUCACGCAAGAAGACGUCAGCUACAGAACUCACCAACGCGGAGAAGUGGAUACAAGUCUACAGCAUAAUCUUUCCCGAUGUGAGAGAACGGGAGAUCCCGUCACCAUACUAUAACGCGGAGGACGCCGAGGUGAGCUUGGGAGGCUAUGAAGACUAUCUUCGGCGCGAGCUCCCACCGCUGGUCCGCCGGCAACUCGAAAAAGAAGUCAAUCGUGAGCUAAGCUUUGUUGAGGAGAGUAUGAAGCAAAAGGUCAUCGACAUCGCCCGGAAUCUCCAGCUCACGCUGUUCAAGGGCUACCAACAGCUGGAGAACCAAGAAAGAGGGCUACAAGAACUUCCAAGUGUCGAUGCUUCUUCAAAUUUCGAGGCAGAUGAAUCCAUAUCCACGGCAACGAGCACGGUAACGAGCACGGCGACAGACACAUGGCCAUCGACCAUGACGACCAGCGGCACAACGCCGGAGAUUCCGGAUCCUUUGGACAUAUUCGGGGAUCCUACCAUUCCGGACUUUGACUUCAACUUCCUUGCCGAGGUUCCGUAUCCCGAGUCGCAGGUGCCUUUCAAGGGACAGGAUAUAGACUUGGGGACCAGUCAAUCUUUUGAUAUCCAAGAACCAGUCACGAUCAGACCUGGAAUGGAGCUGCUCGGGGCACAGCAACAUGGUCUGCUAUGGUACGGAGUAGAUGAUCACCACGAAAUUGGUAGCCAGAGGAGGGAUACUCGUGCUAUUGGCUAUUUUCCAUGA